GACUCGAUGGCUCCCCGCUCCUCACAUGUACCUGGUUACGCGUCAGGAAGUGAUUUGUUCUCCUGAAUGCCAUUCCGCCGGGCUUCCUUCACCCGCUAGGCGGCCCCACACAAACAACGGUCGGGGAGACUUCGAUCUCCUGCCUCUCCGAUCUCCUUCCCUCCACACGUUGCCCCAUUCCCUUAUCCCGCGUCCAUCCCCCACCAGCAUGGCCCAAUCCCGGUUCUAAGAAGCACAUUCUUUCCUUCUGGGCAGCACCCACCCACCUUUGUUUGCCAUCUAUCGCUCGACCAGAAACAGAUGGCCUCCGAGGUCUGGCUAUCUUCGCUCUCCCCUCGCCUUCCCUCCGGAUCUCCUCUCCACUUCAAGCCCUCUCUCCUCCCCUCCUCGUCCUCUUCUUCCUUGCGGAGAUCUUCUAUCUCUGCUGCCUCCCUUGGGCUUCCCUGUCACCAGCGGCGCAGGGUGCUCGUGCUGCGUCCCAGGGCCACCGAUCAGCAAGGUCAGGUUCAGGGUGAUGAAGUUGUUGAUAGCAAAAUCUUGCCAUAUUGCAGCAUAGAUAAGAAGGCAGAGAAGAAGACGCUGGGAGAACUUGAACAGGAAUUUCUACAAGCAUUACAAUCGUUCUACUAUGAGAAAAAGGCAAUAAUGUCAAACGAGGAAUUUGAUAAUCUCAAGGAAGAAUUAAUGUGGGAAGGAAGCAGUGUCGUCAUGCUAAGUCCAGAUGAACAAAAGCUUUUGGAAGCUUCAAUGGCUUAUGCAAGUGGGAAAUCCAUAAUGACAGAUGCUGAAUUUGAUGAACUGAAGUCGAGAUUAAGGAAAGAAGGGAGCGACAUUGUACAAGAAGGCCCACGAUGCAGUCUUCGCACCAGAAAGGUGUACAGCGACUUGACUGUUGACUACUUCAAGAUGUUCUUAUUAAAUGUACCGGCAGCUGUUAUUGCUCUGACCUUGUUUUUCUUUCUAGAUGAUUUGACGGGCUUUGAAAUUACACAUCUUUUGGAGUUGCCAGAGCCCUUCAGUUUCAUUUUCACAUGGUUUGCUGCUUUACCUUUUAUAUUUUGGUUAGCCCAGUCACUCACUAAUGUCAUCGUGAAAGACUUUUUGAUCUUAAAGGGCCCUUGCCCAAACUGUGGCACAGAAAAUGGUUCCUUCUUUGGAAAUAUAUUGUCCAUACCUAGUGGUGGUUCCACAAAUACUGUGAAAUGCUCAAACACUAAAUUGGUUUACGACUCAGGAACACGCUUAAUCACACUUCCAGAACCACCUGAAGCAUAAGCUACAGGUUUGAAUAUGUUAAAAGGUAGAAAAAUCAAAAAAUAAAAGUCAUGGAUCGCAAGUAAAAUCCUACAAGCUAUACCUAAAAGGUUGACAAUGGACGAGCGUGUUGUGCAGUGCAAGGGGAAAGAGGAGCUGGCAGCGAAGCAUCAUGUGCCAACUGAUAAAUUCAGACUCCAUUUGCCAUUACAUGCAGUGUGUAGACUUGUAAAGAAAUUGGGUUGAACUGUCAUGUCCAUACUAUCUUCAGUAAAAGCUUUUUAUGACAGAAGUUUGCAUAUUUGUGUAUACCUACUGUUACCAUUUGCUGUUCUUUGCAGUUAUUUCCGCAUAGACUACUGAAAUCAGGCAGGAUGGUCUAUGACUAUCCAUGUAAUUUUCCUUGUAUAUAUAGAAGCUUCAGAUUUGCUAGUACUGUUCCAA